CGUACACGAUUCUGACUCGUAAAUCACAUCAUUCCUUUGCAGGUGGUUUAAGUUGUCUAAGGUUGACAAACGUCGUUAUUAUAGCGUUUUGUGUUAAUAAAAUAAUGUACAUUUUAGUCAUAUUUCUCCGCACGAAGGGUUACCAAGACAGGUAUGAUGAAAACGGGUAUAGCACGUAUAAUGCUGCCCACGGAUUCAGCUGGACACGGAGAACUACCAAGUAUUCUGCCGUCUGGAGACGUGAGGCUUGUUUUAGUUGUAAUUGGUACAAUUGUGGUCAUUAUUCUGACCAGUUCAUCAAUUCCAAUUAUACGACAACGGUGGCCAUCUUGUGCGAAUUGGACGACGAAGUGGUCGAAUUUGUAAGGGAAGUAGAAGCCAGGGGGGCACAUAAGGCUAAAAUUAGGCUGUAUUCGACUUUAAAAAAUCAAGAUGCACACCAAAUUGCGGCAGAGAUUGAAAAGUAUUGCCUUGUGAAUUGUAUCGACUGGAAUAACCAAUGCAGUUUCUUGACUAUGGAGGAGAGUGAGUACAACGGAGGCCUUAAUGCAAGGAACGUUUCUAAAAUUGCUGCUGGGGAUGUGCUGCGAGAAGCUGAAUUUAUUUAAAUUUAACGAAUAAGUCGGUGACAAAAAAUUAUAGGAUUGCAUUCUAAAUUGAUAAUGAAUUGUUUUUGUUUAAUUUUUUAGUUAUAGAUUAUCACAUCAAAUAAAUUAGUGGCACAAUAAAAAAUUGUUAGUAUUUGUUUUUGAUGUA